AUGAGACCUUCCCGAGCUACAAUGCCUUUGUCGCGUCUGUUACCUCCACUCAUACUGGGUGGAGCUGGGUUCUCCCACCAAAUUAUUUCGAACCCGACCUCCGCGCAAGCACUCCAGGUGCUCAAACGCGCUUUUCAACUCGGACUGCGCGCCAUCGACACAUCUGCUUAUUAUCACCCUUCGGAAAUGCUACUUGGUGACGCUCUUGCUCAUCCAGACAUCGCCAGCAACUACACUCGCGAUCAAUACAUCUUGAUGACCAAAGUCGGUCGCAUCACUGCUACGCAAUUUGACUAUUCGCCAGCCUGGGUUCGAAACUCAGUCAUGCGAUCACUUGAACGACUGCGCUCGGAGUAUCUUGAUGUGGUAUUCUGUCACGACGUGGAAUUUGUCCCCGAAGAGGAGGUUCUCGAAGCUGUGCGCGUUUUACUUGAGAUGGUUGACGAGGGCCAUAUCAAAUAUGUUGGAAUAUCGGGUUAUCGCAUUGAUACCCUCACGCGCAUUGCGAGACGCGUUCAAGAAAAAUAUUCAAGGCCUCUUGAUGUAGUGCAGAACUGGGCUCAAUUAACUCUGCAGAACGAUCGCUUGGUUCAAGAAGGCUUGGCGGCUUUUCGAGAGGCUGGCGUUUCCUGUGUUUGUAGCUCAAGUCCACUUGCGAUUGGGCUCUUGCGAUCAAAUGGCGUCCCGGUAGGUGAUCUGGGCGACUUUCACCCAGCGCCUCAAGGGCUGCGAUGCGCGGCAAAGGAAGCAGCGGACUAUGUUGCUGCACGGGGCGAGUCCCUUGCGGCCUUGGCCUUGAGAUAUUCGAUUCUUCGAGCACAGUCAAUAUCGGCCUCUAAUUUCCGAGUGGCCAUUAUAACGGGGAUUACCUCGGUCGCUGAGCUUGAAGAAAACCUUGAUACAGCUCGGCAGGUUCUUCGGGUGACUGGUGGGCAGCGCUGGCUUUGGACUGCAGAUGAUGCAGCACCAGCGGAACUGGGACAGCCCAAGAUAGAGGAAUAUGAGGCCUUGGUUAAGUCUGUGCAAGAUAUACUAGGAGUAUGGAAAGAUUAUUGUUUUCCAAGUCCAGGCGAUGGAUGGGAUGUAGCAAGGAAGCGGCCGGUAGAUACUAGAUUAUGA